UUACUUCAGAAUCGAAAGUUUAAGGCACAAGUUUACUGAACUGACAGCUUUGUUCCAUUUCUGCUAUUCUCCUUUGCUGACUUUAUGAGCUAAACGUAGCGAUAAUAUACAGUAAAUUGGACGGAAUUUCCCCGCCCUUUCGCCCGGGUGCAGUCAACAGGUAAAGGUGUGUGAAGUCAACUGUUUUACAUCGCUCGUCGCUCCUCACCAGGCCAGACUGAGGACAGGACAGAACAGUGAUGCAGGAAACCCAGGAAGCAGCAGCAGCAGCCAUCGCCUGGUUCACAGAAUUCCAACUACACAGUGUCAUCAGGAAUGGAAUUGUUCCAGAAUGGUUUCAUGGAGUCAUUUCCAGGAAAGAUGCAGAGGAAAUGCUCCAGUCCAAACCUCCAGGUUACUUCCUUGUGCGUGUCAGUGAGACCAGGAUAGGAUACACACUCUCAUACCGUGCGGAUGACCGCUGUCGACACUUCAUUAUCGAGGUGAUGCGCGACGGUCGAUACAACAUCCUUGGGGAGGACACGCAGCAUCAGUCUCUCCAAGACCUGGUCGACUUUCACCGCAGAGUUCCCAUCAUGCCUUUCAACGAAGUUCUGACUGUCGCCUGUGGACAGCUAUCUGGAGGCAAGACUGACUACGCAGAAAUGCUCUUCACGAAGAGAGACCCUAUGCAGCCGAGCCAGGCCCCAACUCCCACCAACCCCCCCUCCCACAACAACACAGCACACCUGAAGCCAACAGAGGAGACCCCACCCGCCCUCCCAGUUCGACCAAUCACAAUGAAGGAGCAGGCCCCCUCUACCAUUCACUCCAACAAAGCACUUCCUGCUGUUCCAAUCAGCGCUCCACCCAGACUCUAUCCCUGCCUGGACCCAGAGAUGUUCACAUUCACACUACAGUCCUCCACCCUGGUGGAACCCUCCAUUAGGCCAAUCCCACUACCCAGGAAAAUACUUGCUGUUGUCCCCACCGUGACCACGAGCAUCCCUGCAGACCAGCCUCCUAAGCUUCCAGCCAGAGGCUGCUUAGCCCAGUGGGACCUGAGCCCCAGCCAGGCUUCCUGCCCGGCCCCCAACAGAUCUCCACGAACCCCCGUGGUAAUCAGCUCCGAGAGAAGCCUCCCUCCACCCAGCGUGCAGACGGGCCACAACGACUCCAACCACAACCAGCCUGGGAGGAUCCAGGAAGGGAAGUCUGCAGUCAUCAACAACAUCAAGAGGAAGUUUCAGAAGAAUAGAACUUCCUCUCAGAAUCACAUGUACUCCGAGAUAUGCGUCGAUGCGGAGAAGAGGCAGGGCCAGGGGGGUACUCCAGGGGCCUUAGACAGGGUUGAACAGCAGGCCUCAGAGAACGAGUACCAGGAGCUGACAGGACAGCACUGUAGUGCCCCUCCAUUAAACAGCACCGUGGCCCUUUCCAGCCCCGUAGACGGACUACCUCCAGAGUAUCUGCACCCUCCCCCAUUCGCCCCUGGAUACUAACCAGCAGGCUUAGCCACAGAAUGGAGGGACUUACUGGAGGCAGAGAUGGGUGGAAGAAUGGAGGGAUGGUUGUAGAGAGAGAAUAAGGAAGGGAGGGGAUGAUGUUUCAGAGUGUAUCUGUCUUAAGAGUAAUUUUUGCCUGAGAUUUCAAUAUUUAUCUUAUAUAUUUCCCUCAUGGCAUUUCAGCUGUGAGCUAUUUAUAACAUGAGAAAAUGUCACUCCCUUUUCAUUAAAUUUAUUGUCAUUAUUUGGCAUGUGACAAGUCGAAUUCAUGUUUCAGUUUGUAGGCUACCUUAAAUUGUUUGUUGGCAAUUCUUUUGUAAUAAAUGAAAGUUUCUAUACCUCAAUAAAAUAUAAAUC